AUGAGUGUUAAUGCAUACUUAUAUUACGAAAAUAGAUCUGUUUCUUCUCCUAAUGAUUUUAAUCGAUUUGAGGGUAACUACUACCAAGUUUGGGACGAAUAUUUCUGGAUGACCCCUGAAAAAGGACAGCUACUGACCCCUGCUGACAUUUGCUGGGAGCAAAAGACUCAUGUACCAACAUUUGGAGGCCGAGAAUUUCCAGGAUAUCACAUGAAACAUAUGGGACUAUUGCCUACCCACAAAUGUAAGACUGUAAUGGAUGUAACGUUUAUUGUCAACAAGUCUGUUAUUUGGCCAGGGACAGAUUGGGAAAAUAGCCCUGGUAUAAGAUGGGUAACCCCAAAUAACACUCGAUGGAUUUGUGGAUACAACCUUUGGCCCUGGCUCCCUGUAGGAUGGGUGGGGAGAUGUACCCUAGGGUUUGUGUUUGCCCCUGGGAGAAUUCAUAAGCAAAAAAUUAGUCAACCUGUUAAUUUACCUUAUGUUAAAGCCCGGUGGUCACGCUCUGUUUUUCAUUGGUAUGAUUAUUUAGCCUCAAUUUUUGUGCCCUCUUUAGGAGCCACUGAUAUUAUGCUCAGGGUAGAGGCUUUGAACAAUUUUACAAAACAAGCUUUGACAGAUACUAGAAGAGCUUUAGAGGCUCUUAAUGAAGAACAAAAACAGAUGAGAAAAGCCGUUCUACAAAAUCGUAUGGCUCUGGAUAUUCUAACAGCCUCUCAAGGGGGAACAUGUGCCUUAAUAAAAAUGGAGUGUUGUGUAUAUAUUCCUGAUUAUUCCUCAAAUGUUUCUGAUGCUUUAGAAGAUAUGAAACAACAAGUAGCCGCUAUGGAUUUUUCUGACUCCAGCAUUUGGAGUCAGAUAUCUGCCUGGUUUCAUAGUGGUUGGUGGAAAUCUAUAAUUUUCAUCAUUAUAUGCAUAUUGUUAUUGCUGUGUUUUGGCCCUUGCAUUUGUCAAUGCUUAUCUGAGAUGAUAAAUAAAAGAUUGCUGAUGUUUUCCCGUUUGCAAACGCGGCCAUUUCCUUCGAGGGAGAUAUAAUGGCCAUUAGUCAAAAGAAAAGGGGGAGAUGCGGGGAGCCGGCCUGACUGCUCAGGCCCCUUCUCGGCCCUGAGAGAGAUCAAAAGGUCCCUCUCUGUCCCGCCACCCCUGAUUUGUUAAAGUGCAAAUUGGCCUUU